CCUCCCCACACUCGCCGCCCCGCCCGCGCGUCCUCGCGUCCCAGCCCCUCCUCCUUCCUCUUCUCGCGCGGUCGCGCCUCCCUCCGAACCCUCGAUCCGCGCCCGCCUCCCUGCCCCACGCCGCCAUCAUCUCCGCCGGCGCCCGACUCCUCCGCUGCCUCCUCUCCACCGCCCUGCGAAGGACCUGUAGAAAGCGGCACGCCCUGUCGGGAAGCGGGCGGCGCGCGCCGUCGCCCCAGGAUGCGCGCGGACAACUCUCUCGUGUUGACGCCCCCACUCCCUCCGCUUCUCCUCGUCGCCUCCCCUCGCGCCACCGUCACCGUCCGAGAAGCACCGCGGCCACUACUACUCUGCAUCGUGCCGAGCUUGCCACCGCCGCCGCUCUCCCGGUCGAGCUCGUCCCUCACCACCGGCCCUCAAGUUGUGGAGGGGCAACAGGCAGCGGUGGACGAGGAAAUCUACCACCAACCGCCGCCGCAUGUCUUCCUGCUUCGCCAUCAACGCGAGGAGCACCGGAGCGUGUCCUCAAGUUGGUGCUCCUCCGGGAAGAGGACAACCCGAGAUCUGUCAUGGAGGUCAACCCUGACGUCGGCCUUGUCGGAUUGGAGCGGCAGUGCGGUGGUUGGUCUACUGUGGCGGCUCGCUGGAGGCAGCAGCAACCCAAUCGGCACCGCCAUCUCCUUCCCUAUCCAUGAGCCAACCUCUGUCUUCCUCCCCGACGGCGGCGUCGAACCAACACUGGGUUAUGCUACCCUUGGCCGUGGCCUAACACGCGCGGACUGAAGCAUUGGUCAGGCACCCACUGCUUGGCUGCACGUCUGGGUCAUCUCAGAUAAGCUAAUCUAUCUCUUCUUUAAAAUAAGAUCAUGUGCUUCUCUGAUCCGGUUGUAGUAAGUUGUACAAGGCCUUAGCUGGUUGUCAGGAGGAACCUUCACCUCAUGGCUAAAACUUGGGUAAAACUGUGGGCAUACAAAAUACAUCUUUGUUUUUGUUGCCUUAUAAACAUGGCUAUGAAAGAACCGAAUAUUGGAAAACAACUGUAUAUCAAUUCUCACUUACUCUGAUAUUUCUGAAAGUGAAAGGGAUGAAGGAUAGUGUAGUGAGCAGAGAACACACAGGUUAUGUUGAAAAUUUUGGUCGAAGUUACAGUCCAUUAGCUGGUAGAAAUAUAGCACAACUAGCAUGCCUAGAUGCACACAACGUUGAUGGUAAUAAGAUAUGCUUGGCAACUAACUAACAAAAUCAGAUUAUUCAUUUCAUAAAUGUA